AUGCUGAAAACAUCGCUGGAACAGCACAAAGCGGAGUUUUGCGUGGUUUUUGGACUCACUCCUCCCGUUGAUGUACCUCCGUUACGUGUGCAGUUGCAGCCGCACGCUAUACCAGUGCGCUGUUCUGCCCGCCGUUAUGCUCCCAUGGAGCGAGCGUUCAUGGACGCUCAUCUCGCUGAACUCGGAGAUUUGGGACUCGUGUACAGAAACUACAAUAGUCGUUGGGCAUCAGCACCCCGCAUUGUGCCUAAGCCACCUCCCGCUGAUUUC